AUGGCCUCCUACAUGAACGCAAGCGAAGCCUUCGCCCGGGAAAAGCUCGACGCAAGCACAAGCCACCCGAUUCCGCAAUCGUCAUGGGCAGAUAAGUACCGCGGAGCCACAGUCGAAGACCUCGACCCACCGCCAGCCCUCUCCGUCUCCCCCAGCACCCCCAUUUCCUCCGCUCUCCUUGCCGCCUUCGAGCGCGACUACACACAUCUCACCGUGAUCUCCUCGACAAAACGCUCGCUGCUCGGAUACCUCAGCAUCCCCCGUCUCAAGGAGCUUCUGGCCGCAGGGACGGUCAAGGAAUCGGAUACAGUCGCGGCGGCCAUGCAGCGGUUCAACCGCAAGCGCGGCACGUACCAGGUUAUCACGAUGGAGACGCCGCUGGAGGAGCUGCAGAGGUUCUUUGAGAGCGAGGUUGGGGCGAAUGGGGAAAAGAGGGAGAAGCAGGGGUUCGCGGUUGUGACGGAUUCCGAGCGGAAGUUUGUGCUGGGUGUUGUGACGGAGGCCGAUUUGGAGGAGUUUGUCAGGAGGAGGCCGUGA